GAAUGAACACCCAGCGGAAGACAAGACUGCCGGGCAAUAAAUCAGAUGUUUGUGUGGUGACAAUGAAUAUAAUAUCCUCGAAACCGGGGGUCUGCGCCGGUGCCAUACCUUGGUCCCGAACACAAGCUUUACCACAUUGCGGUCUUUCUUUGCUUCAGUCAACACAUACACUACGAAAAGACGGGUGGUUUAGUAUUCCU